AUUGAGUUUGAGAUGAAGAGAUUUCAUUCAUUGUUUUUAGAGUAAAAUUUUGAAGAUAGCUUCUGCUUAAAGAGAAUAAAAUUUGGAGUAGCAUCAGCGAAAGAUAAAUCCUCUGGUUACUACUAGUAGCCCUGAAGUAUCUUUUUCAUGGAGAACAAUUGAGCCUGGCUUCCUAUUUUUUGGUCAUGGGGUUUCUAAGGUUUAUAAGAAAGUAUAAUUACCCCUUCAAAGACAAAACUCGAAAUAGAGCAUGCCCAAUUCAGCAUUUGCAAAGCAGAGGCUUCUCAAAGACUGAAGUUUACAGUGGCAAGGCUGCAGUGCUUCCAGUUCUGAUCAUUGGAGCAGGACCUGUGGGUCUUGUUCUCUCUAUUCUUCUCACAAAAUUAGGUAUUAAAUGCUCAAUUUUGGAAAGAAACAAGGCAUUUUCUAAGCAUCCACAGGCACACUUCAUCAACAAUCGAUCCAUGGAGAUAUUCCGCAAAAUUGAUGGCCUUGUUGAGGAGAUCCAAAGGUCUCAACCACCAAUAGAUUUAUGGCGGAAAUUUAUAUAUUGCACUUCCCUCUCGGGUUCAAUUCUUGGAUCUGUAGAUCACAUACAACCUCAAGAUAUUGAGCAUGUUGUCAGCCCAGUCUCUAUUGCACACUUCUCACAGUACAAGCUUACUAUGUUACUACUCAAACGACUUGAAAAUCUAGGCUUUCAAAUAUGUGCACCUGAAAGCUCAGAAGGAAAUGAACAUCCUUGUGAAAAGAAAAUAAUGAUGGGUCGUGAGUGUGUAUCUAUUGAUGCCAGCAAUGACUUUGUAACUGUCACUGCAUCUUCUAUGAAUAAAGGGAAGCAUGUAGAACAGGAUAUCCGUUGUAAUAUCCUUAUUGGUGCAGAUGGAGCAGGAAGUACUGUGAGAAAACUCGCAGGAAUAGAAAUGAGAGGUGAAAGCGACUUGCAAAAACUUGUCAGUGUCCAUUUCUUUAGCAAAGGCCUUGGGCAGUUUUUGCUUAGGGAGAAUCCUGGCAUGCUUUUUUUUAUCUUCAAUGUUGAAGCUAUUGGUGUCCUUGUUGCUCAUGAUCUCAGGCAAGGGGAAUUUGUAUUGCAGAUACCCUUUUAUCCACCUCAGCAAACCAUUGAGGAUUUUAGUCCAAAGGCAUGUGAGAAGUUAAUCAGCAAACUUGUCGGUCAAGAGUUUGGAGAUGUGGAUGUAAUUGAUAUAAAGCCAUGGAUUAUGCAUGCUGAAGUUGCCGAGAGGUUUAUAUGUUGUGGCAACCGAAUUUUACUUGCUGGUGAUGCUGCUCAUCGAUUCCCUCCUGCUGGUGGAUUUGGAAUGAAUACUGGAAUUCAGGAUGCCCAUAAUCUUGCCUGGAAAAUAGCUUCUGUGAUAAAGGGUAUUGCCCCAUCUUCAAUGCUAAAUACCUACGAGAUUGAACGUAGACCGAUUGCUGUAUUCAAUACGACAUUAAGUCUAGAAAACUUUAGAGCUGCCAUGUCUGUUCCUGCUACACUUGGUCUUAAUCCUACUGUUGCAAACACAGUACAUCGAUUUAUUAAUGGGAUUGGUUCCAUCUUACCGCCCGGAUUACAGAAGAUAGCUUUGGAUGGAAUUUUUGCUGUAGGUCGUGCACAGCUCUCAGAAUCUGUCCUAAAUGAAAGUAACCCUCUUGGAUCCUCAAGGUUGGCAAAGCUAACACAUAUAUUUGAAGAAGGAAAAAGCCUUCAACUUCAGUUCCCUGCUGAAGAUCUCGGUUUUAGGUACCUACAAGGAGCAAUUAUGCCGGAAAGUAAUAAUGUUGAGAGUCUUCCACUAGUACCUACAGGUCGUCGGAGGGACUACAUCCCUUCAGCACAACCUGGAUCAAGACUGCCUCAUAUGUUUGUGAGAGUAAACCCAUUAAGUGAGGAGACUGUUUCUACACUUGAUCUUGUGUCUGGAGAUGAAGUUGAGUUCAUUCUCAUCAUAGCACCUGUGAAGGAAUCUUACCAUCUAGCUCGUGAAGCAUUCAAGGAGGCUGAGGAACGACAAGUUUCUCUCAAAGUGUGUGUUUUGUGGUCUACUGAUUCUGUUGAAGGACUUGAGAAAGGAAGUAAAGCAGCGUUAUCACCUUGGAAGAAUUAUGCAGAUGUUGUUGAAGUUAGGUCAUCAACUUCGAAUUGGUGGGAAAUGUGUAACAUGACGAACAGAGGGGCUAUUCUAGUUAGACCUGAUGAACAUAUUGCCUGGCGUACAAUUUCAGGACCUGAAGUGGAUCCUAGAGUGGAAAUGCAGAGGGUUUUUUCUGCUAUACUGGGAGUGCGCUAAUAAAAUCAAUAAAUACACUGAUGAUUUUUGUGUUGAUCCUUUCAUGAAUUCUUUUUAUAAGUAGUUUAGUUUUUGGUGGUCACCGAUUCUAAUAAUGAAAACAACCUCUCUGCUUACAAGGGCAAGACUCAUAUAUCUGGCCUUUCUCAGUUCUUCAUUUAUCAUUAGGCCAUAGUUCCAGUGGCUGCCUUUAAGAAUUAUAUAUUCUUGCACAGGAUGCGGUGUAGUUUAUGUAUUUUUUUUUUUAUGUAAUUUGAUUGGAUG